CCGUCAAAGUCACUUGUCGGUCUUUCUUCAGAAUUCACCUUAUCAACCCUACCUACUCUUUUGAUGUCUGCCUCGUGCCAGUUGCCCAGCUUGCAAACCUACGCUUUUGCUGCGUCUAAUGACAUGCUAUCGAAUGUGGCCUCUCAGCGCCACUUGGAUCACCGCCGAUUUCCAAUAAUCACUUCGGAACCAUUUGAGUUCCAUGAAGAAUAUUUUAUAAAUGCUGUGGUUAUGCCAUCUUACAGGAACUAUGAUCAACCAACACACUACUAUGUGGCUGAAAUAAGGUAA